UUCUCCUGUAGUUGGUGUUGGCCGCGCUUCCGUCUCCGCGGACCCCGGCCCUGCCGCUCCCGCGGCCUCCGGAGACCUCCAGGAUGUCUGCGAUUCCCGCAGAAGAGAGCGACCAGCUGCUUAUCCGACCCCUUGGAGCUGGCCAAGAAGUAGGAAGAUCAUGUAUUAUUCUGGAGUUCAAAGGAAGAAAAAUAAUGCUGGACUGUGGGAUCCACCCUGGCCUAGAAGGAAUGGAUGCUCUCCCUUAUAUUGACUUGAUUGACCCAGCUGAGAUUGAUCUCCUGUUAAUUAGUCAUUUCCACUUAGAUCACUGUGGAGCAUUGCCCUGGUUUCUACAGAAGACAAGUUUCAAAGGAAGAACAUUUAUGACACAUGCCACGAAAGCUAUUUAUAGAUGGCUUCUAUCAGACUACGUCAAAGUUAGUAACAUAUCAGCAGAUGACAUGCUGUACACUGAGACAGAUUUGGAAGAAAGUAUGGACAAAAUUGAAACCAUCAACUUCCAUGAAGUUAAGGAAGUUGCAGGAAUCAAGUUUUGGUGUUACCAUGCAGGCCACGUCCUGGGAGCCGCCAUGUUCAUGAUUGAGAUCGCGGGUGUGAAGCUUUUAUACACAGGAGAUUUCUCAAGACAAGAAGAUAGACACCUAAUGGCCGCUGAAAUUCCUAAUAUUAAACCUGAUAUACUUAUCAUUGAAUCUACGUACGGGACCCAUAUCCAUGAGAAGCGCGAAGAGCGAGAAGCACGGUUCUGCAACACUGUCCACGACAUUGUGAAUAGAGGUGGCCGAGGCCUCAUUCCCGUCUUUGCGCUGGGAAGGGCUCAGGAGCUGCUCUUGAUUCUAGAUGAGUACUGGCAGAACCACCCUGAGCUGCACGACAUCCCCAUCUAUUACGCGUCCUCAUUGGCUAAGAAGUGCAUGGCUGUGUACCAGACGUACGUAAAUGCCAUGAAUGACAAGAUCCGAAAGCAGAUCAACAUCAAUAAUCCCUUUGUUUUCAAACACAUCAGCAACCUGAAGAGCAUGGACCACUUUGAUGAUAUCGGCCCCAGUGUAGUCAUGGCCUCUCCAGGCAUGAUGCAGAGUGGCUUGUCCCGUGAGUUGUUUGAGAGCUGGUGCACUGAUAAGAGGAACGGCGUCAUUAUUGCAGGGUACUGUGUAGAAGGCACGCUUGCCAAGCAUAUCAUGUCUGAGCCUGAAGAAAUCACUACCAUGUCUGGACAGAAGUUGCCGCUGAAAAUGUCGGUUGAUUACAUUUCUUUCUCUGCUCAUACAGAUUACCAGCAAACCAGUGAAUUUAUUCGUGCUUUGAAACCGCCUCAUGUGAUUUUAGUCCAUGGGGAACAGAACGAAAUGGCCAGACUGAAAGCAGCACUGAUUCGAGAAUAUGAAGAUAACGACGAGGUUCACAUAGAGGUUCACAACCCUCGGAACACAGAGGCAGUGACCUUAAACUUCAGAGGGGAAAAGCUGGCCAAGGUCAUGGGCUUUUUAGCAGACAAAAAACCAGAACAAGGCCAGCGAGUCUCAGGAAUACUUGUUAAAAGAAACUUUAACUAUCACAUACUUUCUCCUUGUGACCUGUCCAAUUAUACUGACCUGGCCAUGAGUACUGUGAAACAGACGCAAGCCAUUCCGUACACCGGGCCCUUUAAUCUGCUUUAUUACCAGCUACAGAAAUUGACAGGUGAUGUAGAAGAGUUAGAAAUUCAAGAAAAGCCUGCUCUGAAAGUGUUCAAAAAUAUUACUGUGGUUCAGGAGCCGGGCAUGGUGGUCCUGGAGUGGCUGGCAAACCCUUCCAAUGACAUGUAUGCGGACACUGUGACAACCGUGAUUCUGGAAGUUCAGUCAAAUCCAAAAAUAAGGAAAGGUGCCGUGCAGAAAGUUUCUAAGAAGCUAGAGAUGCACGUUUACAGCAAGAGGCUGGAGAUCAUGCUCCAGGACAUAUUUGGAGAAGACUGUGUCAGUGCAAAGGACGACUCCUUCCUGAGCGUCACAGUGGACGGGAAGACAGCCAAUGUUAACUUGGAUACCCGGACUGUGGAGUGUGAAGAAGGGAGUGAGGAUGACGAGUCCCUCCGAGAAAUGGUGGAGCUGGCCGCACAGAGGCUGUACGAGGCCCUCACGCCCGUCCACUGACCGCCUUCGACCGCCUCUGCCCAAAGCCGCCAGACGCCCGACUCCGCCGGUUACUGGAAAUAAAAUGCCUUCGUUUCCGGGC